CCUUACUGUCCCUUCUUCUCCCAGACAGACCCUGCCCUUUCCUUUCUGUCGCCCCGGUCUGUGGAUUGUGUUGUGGAGGAUUGGGACUCUGACAAUGGGAAGCUUUCUUUCUCUCGGCCCGCUAUGCUGACACUCCUCUCCCUCCUGUUGGGAAUUCAUGCUAAGUGGUCCCUGUGUCCCAUUUGAAUGUCCGUCAUUAUGGCUAAGCGUGAGACCGGCAGCACCAGCCCCGUGGUCCGGCAGAUAGACAAGCAGUUCCUAGUCUGCAGCAUCUGUUUGGACCAUUACCACAACCCCAAGGUUCUGCCUUGCCUGCACACCUUCUGUGAAAAAUGUCUUCAGAACUACAUCCCUCCUCAGUCUUUAACGCUGUCCUGCCCAGUAUGCAGACAGACCUCCAUUUUGCCAGAGAAGGGCGUGGCAGCCCUGCAGAACAACUUCUUCAUCACAAACCUAAUGGAGGUGUUACAGCGAGACCCAGAGUGCAGCCGACCUGAGGCCUGUAAUGUCCUCGAGUCAGCCAGUGCAGCCACAGCCUGUCAGCCCCUCUCCUGUCCCAACCAUGAGGGCAAGGUGAUGGAGUUUUACUGCGAGUCAUGUGAGACAGCCAUGUGUCUGGAGUGUACAGAAGGAGAACACAGGGAACAUGUGACAGUUCCUCUGAGAGAUGUGCUGGAACAGCAUAAAUCAGCUCUUAAGAAUCAGCUGGACGCAGUUCGUAACAGACUACCUCAGUUGACGGCUGCCAUUGAGCUUGUAAACGAGAUCUCCAAACAGCUCACGGACCGAAAAAAUGGCGCAGUGGCUGAAAUCAGUAACACCUUUGAUGAGCUGGAGAAGGCUUUACACCAACGAAAGACUGCUCUCAUUACUGAGGUGGAAAACAUCUGCAGCACCAAGCAGAAGGUGCUUCAAGCCCAGCUGAGCUCUCUGCUCCAGGGCAAAGAGAACAUCCAGAGCAGCUGUAACUUCACAGAGCAGGCUCUGAGCCACGGCAGCGCCACUGAGGUCCUUUUGGUGCAGAAGCAGAUGGGGGAGCGGGUCAGUGCUCUUGCGCGACACACCUUUCCUGAGCAACCCCAUGAAAAUGGACACCUGGAGUGCCAGGUAGAGACAGACGGACUGAGGCGCUCCAUCCAGAACCUGGGAGUCCUGAUCACAACAGGGACUGUAGGUCACACUAGUGUUGCCACCGGUGAAGGCUUGCGGCACGCACUGGUUGGCCAGCACACCUCUGUCACAGUCACGACUAAAGAUAAAGACGGAGAGCUGGCGAAGACUGGGAAUGCUGCUCUGAGGGCGGAGAUCAUCGCUGCAGAUGGAGCGUGCACUGAAGCUGAAGUGGUGGACAACAAGAACGGCACCUACGAGGUUGGAUAUACGAUCCGCUCGGAGGGAGAGUUCACCUUCUCUUUACUGCUGUAUGAGCAGCCUGUGAGGGGGAGUCCUUUCCGCUUGCGUGCUGUCAAGCCCUCAGAUGUCCUGCAGUCACCGGAUGAUGUGAAGAGAAGAGUGAAGUCUCCAAGUGGAGGAGGAGGUCAUGUUCGACAGAAGGCUGUGCGCAGGCCCUCAAGCAUGUACAGCACCACCAAGAAGAAGGAAAACCCCAUCGAGGAUGAACUGAUCUACAGAGUGGGAACAAGGGGGAGAGAUAAAGGUGAAUUCAGUAACCUGCAAGGCAUCUCCACCUCCAGUAAUGGACGGAUUGUGGUGGCAGACAGCAACAACCAGUGUAUACAGGUUUUCUCAAACGAUGGCCUGUUCAAGAUGAGGUUUGGAGUCAGAGGUCGUUCACCAGGGCAGCUGCAGCGCCCCACAGGGGUCACAGUGGACAUGAACGGUGACAUUAUUGUAGCCGACUACGACAACAGAUGGAUUAGCAUCUUUUCCUCGGAUGGAAAGUUCAAGAGCAAAAUAGGCGCCGGAAGACUGAUGGGACCUAAAGGUGUUGCAGUGGAUAAGAACGGACACAUCAUCACGGUGGACAACAAGGCCUGCUGUGUUUUUAUCUUCCAAUCAAACGGGAAGCUGGUGACGAAGUUUGGAGCCAGAGGGACUUCAGACAGACACUUUGCAGAGAAAAGUGGUGCAAACAUUGCACUGGAACAAAAGCUUAGUAAAUCUGGCCCUGCUUUCAGUCCUCACUUUGUGGCUGUUAAUAACAAAAAUGAAAUCGUGGUAACUGACUUCCAUAACCAUUCAGUCAAGGUAUACAAUGCAGAUGGGGAGUUCCUGUUUAAAUUCGGCUCCCAUGGAGAAGGGAACGGUCAGUUCAAUGCACCAACAGGCGUGGCUGUGGACUCCAAUGGAAAUAUCAUUGUUGCUGAUUGGGGCAACAGUCGGAUACAGGUGUUUGACAGCUCUGGGUCCUUCCUGUCUUAUAUCAACACAACAGCAGACCCCCUUUAUGGCCCCCAGGGCCUGGCCCUCACCUCUGAUGGUCAUGUGGCGGUCGCAGACUCUGGGAAUCACUGCUUCAAGGUCUACCGCUACCUGCAGUAGAGACCUGAGCCAGCCAUCAUCACCACUGAAAACACUGACAACAAAAACAACCAAUGUAUUCCACAGGGUGCAAUGACCUUUACAACAUAGCCUUUUGAUGUGCACAUCAGCUGAUCUCCUGAUAUUAUUAUUAUUAUUAUUAUUAUUAUUAUUAUGUGUCUAAUUCUGGGUUUACGCUCCUUAUCAUGUGUAUUUAAGGGUGUUUUGAAAGUUUGGCUAUGUAGCAUCCUUAGGACAUGAAAUGAACAUUUCUCUUGGACUGUUUUAGAUCCUAUUGAUGGUAUUUAAUAAACUCCAACUUAUGAGAGACUGGGCAGGGUAGGAGAUAGAUUAAAGUAUUUAAUGAGCCAUAAGUUGUCCAAAUGCAUGAAGUUUUGAUUUAUCUUAAUGCCUAGCCAACCACACGGUGUACACAUCAGUUGCUUUUCUCUUGAACUAGUUAACGCUUACAGUGAAAUGAACAGUGCUAUAUGCUUCUCUGGCAAUGAAAUGCUCAAUUUCUCACUUACUGAUAACUCACAUAGAAAUGUCGCCACCAUCUGUGCAUUGAUUUGCUGUAUGUAUUGUAUAUACAUAAAUGUAUAUUGUGUAUAUUAGAUCGCUCUGUAUGUAUGUGCUAUGAUUUUGAAACACAAAGCCUUUUGGCUAUUCAGAGAGCAGCAGUCAAGGACUCCGGGAUUUUAAAAUUGUGUAUGGCAGCUGUUAGGAGGUGUGCUUUGUCAACAUACACAGCACAUGCUUAAAAAAAGAAGAGUGUCAUAUUUAUUGCUAAUGUAAUCAGCACAAUGUUUUUGUUAAUAUCUGUUGUUUUAAAGGGAGAACAAAAAAAACAAAAUGAAAAAAAAAGCUAAUUUAUUUUAUUUUAUACACUAGCUCAGCCUUUACAAAUUAUUUUUCUAAAUUUCUCUCCUUCUUUCUUUAGAGCUUCUCACCUGACCCCUUUAGCUGAAAGAGGAAUUUCACCUUAAAGCAGAAUCAACAUCCCCCCAACUAAUGAAAAGAGCAAUGUUUGUGCAUAUGAGCAGCUAUUUUCCAAAGCUACAAACUAAACAUUGUGUAAAAAAAAGGAAGGUUAAGAAUUAAUGUAGAAGCAUUUAGACUUGUGGAGGCUUUUUUUUUGCCUGUUACAGUUUAGAGUUUUAUAGAGUUGUAUUCAUUACAAAAAAAUAAACACAUAUCUCAGGAAAUCCAUCAAAACUAAAUCAACACAUCAGUGUAACGACUUUAAUUUCCUUUUUUUUUCUGGUAUCAGAUCUUGAAAGAGACUUUAGGAGUUGUACAUGAGAACUGCUAACUUGUAGAGAUCAAGGAUCAUAGAAAACAUUGGGAUGUUAAUUCUGUUUUAAAGGGUUAUUUUUCUGGCUUUCACAUAGGAAACUGUUACAAAAUUACAAUACGAUCAUUUAUUGUAUGACAUUUUAUAACGAUCCCAUCGCAUUAGGAUACACUUGCCUAUGAUACCGUUUCAAGCUAUAAAACACAAAUUCAAGUUUCUGCCUGCACAACAACAAGCCAUGACACCCAAGAAAAACCUGUGCAAGUAGAUCUGUUUCUGCUCCUGCUCCCCCUAGUGUUCAUUCUGUGUAAUGUCAUAAGAAAACCUGGUGCCACAGCAGAAGAGAGACCAGUUGCAGGACGAAGGCAACUUCCUGGUGUGAAGUAAAUACCCUUAGAACUGUGCUAAACAUCCGAACACCAACAAUCAGUCUUUUCUGAGCUGCAGGAUUUAUGGACUGGACUGACCCAGCUUCACCAGUUCUUCAACCAGGAAGUUGCCGUUUCUCAUGCACCUGAUCUUCUGUAUGACUUGUUGCCAAACUGGAGCCCACUGACUCCCUUAAAGAGUCAAAGGCUCACCUUUUUGACAUGUGUCUGAAACAUUUAACCUGAAGCUGUUUGUGUCACACCAAAACAAACGAUUUUGUUUUCUCUAUGAAUAUGCACUGGUAAUAAAAGCACAUGGUUUACUGAG